CACGUGUGGGGCAGGGGUCAGCCAGGUUCCCAGGGAGGCUGUGAUGCCAAGGAGUGAGCAGCCGGGCAGGAGGCAGGAUGGGGGCAGCGUGAGCCUGGGGUGGCGGAAUCUUGCCGGGCCCUCACAGCCGCCCUCCCUCACCCAGACAGAGCCAUGGAGGAGGUGGUGAUCGCAGGCAUGUCCGGGAAGCUGCCCGAGUCAGAGAACAUGCAGGAAUUCUGGGACAACCUGAUCAACGGUGUGGACAUGGUCACGGACGAUGACCGGAGGUGGAAGACCGGGCUCUAUGGCCUGCCUCGGCGGGCAGGGAAGCUGAAGGACCUGUCCAAGUUCGAUGCCUCCUUCUUCGGGGUCCACCCCAAGCAGGCUCACACGAUGGAUCCCCAGCUCCGACUGCUGCUGGAAGUCACCUAUGAGGCCAUUGUGGACGGAGGCAUCAACCCGGCCUCCCUGCGCGGUACCAGCACCGGGGUCUGGGUGGGCGUGAGUGGCUCCGAGGCUUCUGAGGCCCUGAGCCGGGACCCCGAGACUCUCCUGGGCUACAGCAUGGUGGGCUGCCAGCGGGCCAUGAUGGCCAACCGCCUGUCCUUCUUCUUCGACUUCAAAGGGCCCAGCGUAGCCCUGGACACGGCCUGCUCCUCCAGCCUGCUGGCCCUGCACAGCGCCUUCCAGGCCAUCCGCAGUGGGGAGUGCCCCGCGGCCAUCGUGGGCGGUAUCAACGUGAUGCUGAAGCCGAACACCUCCUUGCAGUUCCUGAGGCUGGGCAUGCUCAGCCCCGAAGGCGCCUGCAAGGCCUUCGACAAAGCCGGGAACGGGUACUGCCGCGCCGAGGCUGUGGUGGCCGUCUUGCUCACCAAGAAGUCCCUGGCCAAGCGGGUAUACGCCACCAUCCUGAACACGGGCACCAACACGGACGGCUACAAGGAGCAAGGCGUGACCUUCCCCUCCGGAGAAGCCCAGGCGUAUCUCCUCCGCUCAAUGUACGAGCCAGCCGGGGUGGACCCCGAGUCCCUUGAAUAUAUCGAAGCCCACGGCACGGGUACCACGGUGGGUGACCCCCAGGAGCUAAACUGCAUCGCCCAGGCCCUGUGUGCCACCCGCCAGAGCCCACUGCUGAUCGGGUCCACGAAGUCCAACAUGGGUCACCCCGAGCCUGCCUCGGGGCUCGCAGCCCUGGCCAAGGUGCUGCUGUCUCUGGAGCAUGGGCAGUGGGCCCCCAACCUGCACUUCCACAACCCCAAUCCCAAGAUCCCGGCACUGCAGGACGGGCGGCUGCGGGUGGUGGACCAGCCCCUCCCGGUGGGCUACGGCAACGUCAGCAUCAAUUCCUUUGGCUUCGGCGGCUCCAAUGUGCACGUCAUCCUCCAGCCCAAUGCCGUGCGGCCCCCAGCGCCCACCCCACCUGCCCUUCCCCGGCUGCUGCAGGCCAGCGGGCGCACCCCCGAGGCUGUGCAGGGCCUGCUGGAGCAGGGCCGCAGGCACAGCCAGGACCUGGCCUUCCUCAAUAUGCUCAAUGACAUCGCAGCCACCCCCACCUCCUCCAUGCCCUUCCGCGGCUACACCGUGCUGGGCAUCGAGGGCGAAGCCCAGGAGGUGCAGCAGGUGCCCGCCGGCGACCGCCCCCUCUGGUUCAUCUGCUCCGGCAUGGGCACGCAGUGGCUCGGGAUGGGGCUAAGCCUUAUGCGUCUGAGCAACUUCCGAGAGUCCAUCCUGCGCUCAGACGAGGCCGUGUCGCAGUUUGGGCUGAAAGUGUCGGACCUCCUGCUGAGCACGGACGAGAACACCUUUGACGACAUCGUUCACGCCUUCGUCAGCCUCACCGCCAUCCAGAUCGCGCUCAUUGACCUGCUGACUGCCAUGGGGCUGCGGCCGGACGGCAUCGUCGGGCACUCCCUGGGCGAGGUGACCUGCGGCUAUGCUGACGGCUGCCUGACGCAGGAGGAGGCGGUGCUGGCGGCCUACUGGAGGGGCCAGUGCAUCAAGGAGGCCGACAUGCCACCGGGCGCCAUGGCGGCCGUGGGCCUGUCCUGGGCCGAGUGCAAGAAGCGCUGCCCCCCUGGCAUCGUGCCUGCCUGCCACAACUCCGAGGACACUGUCACCAUCUCGGGGCCUCAGGCUGCCAUGUCCGAGUUUGUGGAGCAGCUGAAGCAGGAGGGCGUGUUUGCCAAAGAGGUGCGGACGGGCGGCAUGGCCUUCCACUCGUACUUCAUGGAGUCCAUUGCGCCCACGCUGCUCCAGGCACUGAAGAAGGUGAUCCGGCAGCCGCGGCCUCGCUCACCGCGUUGGCUCAGCACUUCUGUCCCUGAGGCCGAGUGGCAGGGCAGCUUGGCGCGCACCUCCUCAGCCGAGUACAAUGUCAACAACCUCGUGAGCCCCGUGCUGUUCCAGGAGGCACUGUGGCACGUCCCCGAGAACGCCGUGGUAGUGGAGGUCGCGCCCCAUGCCCUGCUGCAGGCCAUCCUGAAGCGAGGUCUCAAGUCCAGCUGUACCAUCAUCCCGCUGAUGAAGAAGGGCCACAAAGACAACCUCGAGUUCUUCCUCAGCAACAUCGGCAAGCUCCACCUCAGCGGCAUCGACGUCAACCCCAACGGCCUCUUCCCGCCCGUGGAGUUCCCGGUCCCCCGGGGCACGCCUCUCAUCUCACCCCUCAUCAAGUGGGAUCACAGCCAGACCUGGGACGUGCCCGCUGCCAAGGACUUCCCCAGCGGCUCCAGCUCGUCCUCUGCCACUGUCUACAACAUCGACACCAGCCCUGAGUCCCCCGACCACUACCUCGUGGAGCACCGUAUCGACGGACGUGUCAUCUUCCCUGCCACCGGCUACCUGUGCCUGGUCUGGAAGACACUGGCCCGCGCUCUGGGCCUGGUCAUGGAGCAGAUGCCUGUGGUGUUUGAGGACGUGACCUUACAUCAGGCCACCCUCCUGCCCAAGACAGGGACUUUGCCGCUGGAGGUGCGGCUCCUGGAGGCCUCCUGCAUCUUUGAGGUGUCUGAGAAUGGCAACCUGAUAGUGAGUGGAAAAGUGUACCAGUGGGAGGAGCCUGACCCCAGGCUCUUGGACAACCAGGACGGCCUGGCCCCUGCGGAGCCUGCGGUGCCUGCGGAGCCUGCGGCCCCAUCCUGCCUGGCCCAGGGCGACGUGUACAAGGCACUGCGGCUGCGCGGCUAUGACUACGGCCCCCGUUUCCAGGGCAUCCUCGAGACCAACCUGGAAGGCACCACAGGCAAGCUGCUGUGGAAUGACAACUGGGUGACCUUCCUGGACACCAUGCUGCAGCUGGCCAUCCUGGACUUCAGCCAGCACAGCCUGCGCCUGCCCACCCGCUUUGGCUGCGUCCGCAUUGACCCCGCCACCCACCAGCAGAGGCUGCGGGACCAGGGCCGAGCGGCCGACGUGGCGGUGAACAGAUACCUGAACAGCACAGUGGCGGGCGGCGCCCUCAUCACGGGGCUGCACGCCUCGGCGGCCCCGCGGCGGCAGCAGGAGCAGUUCACCCCAAUCCUAGAGAAGUUCAGCUUCACGCCGCACCUGGAGGUCGAGUGCCUGGCAGACAGCGCGGCCCUGCGGGCGGAGCUACAACUGUGCACGGGUUUGGCGCAGACUCUGCAGGCCAAGGCCGCUCAGCAGGGGCUGAAGAUGACUGUGCCUGGGCUGGGCGGGGCCUCGGCCCCCCGGGACCCCCCACAGCAUGCCCUGGCGAGGCUGCUGGUAGCCGCCUGCCAGCUGCAGCUCAAUGGGAACCUACAGCUGGAGCUGGGUCCCGUGCUGGCCCAGGAGCGCCUCCUGCUGGCCAACGACCCCCUGCUGGCUGGCCUCCUGGACGCGCCGGCACUCAAGGCCUGUGUGGACACGGCCCUAGAGAACAUCAGUGACUCGAGGAUGAAGGUGGUAGAGGUGCUGGCUGGUGAGGGUCACCUGUACGCCCGCAUACCGGAACUGCUCAAAACGCAGCCCGUGCUGCAGCUGGACUACACGGCCACCGACCGCCAUGCCCAGGCCCUACAGGCCGUGCAGGAACGGCUACAACAGCAAGACGUGGUCCAGGGCCAGUGGGACCCCGUGGAGCCCGCACCCAGCAACCUGGGCGCAGCUGACCUUCUGGUGUGCAACUGUGCCGUGGCCACCCUCGGCAACCCCUCUGUGGCUCUCGGCAACAUGGCAGCGGCCGUCAAGGAGGGCGGCUUCCUGCUGGUGCACGCUCUGCUCAAGGGGCACACACUUGGGGAGACCAUGGCCUUCCUCACCGCUGCCGACCUCCUGAGCCAGGAUGAGUGGGAGAGCCUCUUUGCCAAGGCCUCGCUGCACCUGGUAGGGCUGAAACGGUCCUUCUACGGCUCUGUGCUCUUCCUCUGCCGCCGGCUGGCCCCCCCGGACAGCCCCAUUUUCCUAUCCGUGGAGGACACCAGUUUCCAAUGGGUGGACUCACUGAAGAGCAUUCUGGCUGAUGCCUCCUCCCGGCCUGUGUGGCUGACGGCCAUCAGCUGCGCCACUUCGGGCGUCAUGGGCAUGGUGAACUGUCUGCGCAAGGAGCCCGGGGGCCACCGUGUGCGGUGCAUCCUGGUGUCCAGCCUCAGCAGUGAGUCCCCCAUGCCCCCGAUGGACCCGAGCUCCCCGGAGCUGCAGAAGGUGCUACAGGGGGACCUGGUGAUGAAUGUCUACCGCGAUGGCGCCUGGGGGGCCUUCCGCCACUUCCCGCUAGAGCAAGGCAAGCGGGAGGAGCAGACAGAGCACGCCUGUGUGAGCCUGCUGACCCGUGGGGACCUCUCCUCUAUCCGCUGGGUGUGCGCACCCCUGCGCCACGCCCCACCCGCCAGGCCUGGCGCCCAGCUUUGCCGUGUCUACUACGCCUCACUCAACUUCCGUGACAUCAUGCUGGCCACGGGCAAGCUCUCCCCCGAUGCCAUCCCAGGCAAGUGGACCACCCAGGACAGCAUGCUGGGCAUGGAGUUCUCCGGCCGUGACGCCAGUGGCAAGCGCGUGAUGGGGCUGUUGCCCUCCGAGGGCCUGGCCACCUCCGUCUUGCUCCCUGCGGACUUCCUCUGGGACGUGCCUUCUGGCUGGACCCUGGAGGAGGCGGCCUCGGUACCUGUGGUCUACACGACAGCAUACUACUCGCUGGUGGUGCGUGGGCGCAUCCGGCGCGGUGAGACCGUGCUCGUGCACUCGGGCUCGGGUGGCGUGGGCCAGGCCGCCAUCACCAUUGCCCUCAGCCUGGGCUGCCGCGUCUUCACUACCGUGGGGUCCGCCGAGAAGCGCGCGUACCUGCAGGCCCGCUUCCCGCAGCUCAGCAAGGACAGCUUUGCCAACUCCCGCGACACGUCCUUUGAGGAGCACGUGCUGCGGCACACAGCCGGGCGGGGCGUUGAUCUGGUCCUGAACUCCUUGGCGGAGGAGAAGCUGCAGGCCAGCGUGCGGUGCCUGGCACAGCACGGCCGCUUCCUUGAGAUCGGCAAGUUUGACCUGUUCAACAACACUGCGCUGGGCAUGGCCAUCUUCCUGAAGAAUGUGACCUUCCACGGCAUCUUGCUGGAUGCAUUAUUUGAGGACGCCUAUGCCGACUGGCAGGAGGUGGCAGCGCUGCUGCGGACGGGCAUCCGCGAUGGCGUGGUGCAGCCUCUCAAAUGCACUGUGUUCCACAAGGACCAGGUGGAGGAGGCCUUCCGCUACAUGGCUCAGGGCAAGCACAUAGGCAAGGUGGUAGUCCAGGUGAAAGAGGAAGAGCAGGGUGAGGUGCCACCGGGGACCAGACCUGCCCUGACCACAGCCAUCUCCAAGACCUUCUGCUCGGCCCACAAGAGCUACAUCAUUGCUGGCGGCCUGGGUGGUUUUGGCCUCGAGCUGGCCCAGUGGCUCAUACUGCGGGGGGCUCAGAAGCUUGUGCUGACCUCCCGCUCGGGGAUCCGGACAGGCUACCAGGCCAAGCAGGUCCAUGAGUGGAGGCACCAGGGCAUCCAGGUGCUUGUGUCCACCAGCAACGCCAGCUCGCUGGAGGGAGCACGGAGACUCAUCGCAGAGGCUGCACAGCUCGGGCCCGUGGGGGGUGUCUUUAACCUGGCCAUGGUGCUGAGAGACGCCAUACUGGAAAACCAGAGUCCUGAGCUCUUCCAGGACGUGAACAAGCCCAAGUACAGCGGGACGCUGAACCUGGACAGGGUGACCCGGGAGGCAUGCCCUGAGCUGGACUAUUUUGUGGCCUUCUCCUCUGUGAGCUGUGGGCGCGGCAACGCCGGCCAGGCUAACUACGGCUUUGCCAACUCCACCAUGGAGCGCAUCUGUGAGCAGCGCCGGCACGACGGCCUCCCAGGCCUGGCUGUGCAGUGGGGUGCCAUUGGCGAUGUGGGCAUUGUCCUGGAGGCCAUGGGCACCAACGACAUGGUCAUCGGUGGCACGCUGCCCCAGCGCAUCGUCUCCUGCCUGGAGGUGCUCGACCUGUUCCUUAACCAGCCUCACCCGGUGCUGAGCAGCUUCGUGCUGGCUGAGAAGAAAGCAGCGGCACGCAGCGGGGGCGACGGCCAGCGGGACCUGGUGAAGGCCGUGGCACACAUCCUGGGGAUCCGAGAUGUGGCGGCCGUCAGCCUGGACACCUCGCUGGCGGACCUGGGCCUGGACUCGCUCAUGGGUGUGGAGGUGCGGCAGACACUGGAGCGAGAGCACGGCCUGGCGCUGUCCAUGCGGGAGGUGCGGCAGCUCUCGCUGCGCAAACUGAAGGAGCUCUCGUCACAGGCCACCGAGGAGUUGGUGUCCCCCGGACCCACGAAGGACAGCCCCGCAGCCCGGCAGCAAGCCCAGCUGAACCUGAGCAUGCUUCUGGUGAACCCCGAGGCUCCAACACUGACGCGCCUCAACACCGUGCAGAGCUCUGAGCGGCCGCUGUUCCUAGUGCACCCCAUCGAGGGCUCCCUCAGCAUCUUCCACAGCCUGGCCGCCAGGCUGAGCAUCCCCACCUACGGCCUGCAGUGCACCCGAGCUGCACCCCUGGACAGUAUCCAGAGCCUGGCCGCCUAUUACAUGGACUGCAUCCGGCAGGUACAGCCCGAGGGCCCAUACCGCAUCGCCGGCUACUCCUACGGGGCCUGCGUGGCCUUUGAGAUGUGCUCCCAGCUACAGGCACAGCAGGGCCCUGCCCACAACAGCCUCUUCCUGUUUGACGGCUCCCACACCUAUGUGUUGGCCUACACCCAGAGCUACCGGGCUAAGCUGACGCCGGGCUGCGAGGCCGAGGCCGAGACUGAGGCCAUGUGCUUCUUUGUGCAGCAGUUCACGGACAUGGAGCACAGCAGGGUGCUGGAGGCCCUGCUGCCGCUGAAGGACCUGGAGCAGCGCGUGGCAGCCACGGUGGACCUAAUUGCCCAGAGCCACCAUGACAUCAACCGCCAGGAGCUCAGUUUUGCGGCCUUCUCCUUCUACCACAAGCUGCGCGCGGCUGAGCAGUACGCGCCCAACACCAAGUACCACGGCAACGUCACACUGUUGAGGGCCAAGACAGGCAGCACCUACGGGGAUGACCUGGGUGCCGACUAUAACCUCUCACAAGUGUGCGACGGCAAGGUGUCGGUGCACGUCAUCGAGGGGGACCACAGGACCCUACUAGAGGGGAGCGGCCUGGAGGCUGUCAUCAACAUCAUCCACAGCUCCCUGGCCGAGCCACGGGUCAGUGUGCGUGAGGGCUAGCUGCCCCACAACCCAGCCAGCACCCCAUCCGAUGGCAUCCACCACCCACCCCACCCCAGCACCACACCCAGGCUGCGCCGGGCUGGGGAGGGUCCUGCCGGUGGGACCCCCACCCCACGGCCCUGACUGCCGCUGUCCUGGGCCCACACCACUGCCUCGAUGCACGCACAGCCGCCCGGGCUGCUGCUAGAAGUAGGUCUGUCCUCCCGUGCCAAGCGGGCCAGCCGGCUGACCCAGAGAGCCGCCUGCUCUGUGAAGGGUCUGCCGAGGCCCGCAAGAGCCGGGCUGAGCCUUUUUUGUUCCAUGUGGGGUUUGCCGUGUGGGUUCAUCUGUUGUUUCUCCGUUUGGGUUCUCGUAUUUAUUGUACCUCUGGGAGAGCUGCCGGGCGACUUUGUCCACCCCCCGGAGAUGUCCAACACUCGUCCUUGGGCGCCAGGGUCCAGGGCCUGGCUCUGGCCCCUGCACGGCAGGCCCCAGGCUCGCGGUUCUGGCCACGGUGCCCGGGCCGCACCUAUGAUACAGGGGCCUGGGGGCACACAGCCCCUGGCUGAGUGGGGCCUGGCCCCUGUGGAGGCACCUGGAGCGCCGAGUGUGUGUGUGUGUGUG